GAGGACCCGGGGCUGGGCGCCGCUGCCGGUUCGUCUAGUCUGUCCCUCAGCCACCUCCUUUUCAACCUUGUCCACCGGUUAGCGCGGCCUGUGGUGCAGCGGCGGCGGCUCCUCUUCGUGCCGCAGCUCUCACCCCCUCCUUCCCUUCCACCAGACCUGGGGCUUGCCGGCCAUGGCUCUACUCACUGCGGCCACCCGGCUCUUGGGAGCCAAGAACUCAUCCUGUUUUGUUCUUGCUGCCCGACAUGCCAGUGCUUCUUCCACGAAUUUGAAAGAUGUAUUGGCCAACCUGAUACCUAAGGAGCAGGCCAGAAUUAAGACCUUCAGACAGCAACAUGGCAAGACUGUGGUGGGCCAAAUCACUGUGGACAUGAUGUAUGGUGGCAUGAGAGGCAUGAAGGGACUGGUCUAUGAAACAUCAGUUCUUGAUCCUGAUGAGGGCAUCCGCUUCCGAGGCCACAGUAUCCCUGAGUGUCAGAAACUGCUGCCCAAUGACCCCAUGUUUAAACUGGUUGCUCAACUGUAUAAGAUUGUACCCAAUAUUCUCCUAGAGCAGGGCAAGGCCAAGAAUCCUUGGCCCAACGUAGAUGCUCACAGUGGGGUGCUGCUCCAGUACUAUGGCAUGACGGAGAUGAAUUAUUACACAGUCCUAUUUGGAGUGUCACGGGCUCUGGGUGUGCUGGCACAGCUCAUCUGGAGCCGAGCCUUGGGCUUCCCUCUAGAAAGGCCUAAAUCCAUGAGCACAGAUGGUUUGAUGAAAUUUGUGGACUCUAAGUCAGGGUAAAACUUGGGAACUGGGGGGAAACUUGACUACCAGAAGAUAAGAAGCUUAACAACAACAAAAUAGUAUACUUUUGUUUCAAGGGGCCUUUAAAGAUUUAAAAUUAAAUUGUAUCUGAGGCACUGAAAAUAUGUUUGACGUUAAAAUAUAAAUUAAGACUUUAAAAGAUAAAAAGUGAUCCCUUCUUCAUAACCAGCUCCCUUCCCCUGCCUGGUAUGAGUUGCCCCCAGCUAGAGGAUGACUGGGACUAAUGCAUGUGAUAUGGGUUAGGUUUGGCCCCCACCAUGUCUAAAGUAAGAAUCUGGCUCCUCUUUUUUGGGUCAGAGCAGUUUACAGACAAUCUGUGGUCACUCUGGAGCUUUUGUUUCUGCUCUGCUCAGCCCUCUAGACUAGGAAAUCAGGACCUUGCGCUCCUGUUUCCACAAAGAUCACUUUGGAUUAUCAGCUAGCUGUACCAAGCCCUCGCCCAUGCACAUAGAUGCCUUCUAGUAAGACCUAUUGGAUAGCUGGGCAUGGCUUGGCAGUGUCUUUUUUUAUGCUACCAAAUAACUGUGAAGGUAUGGCAUUUGUUGCGACAGGCACCACCUAAUGUUUCAUUUGAUUUUCAUUGUUAUCCCAUCAAAAUUGAAGUCUGGGGGGCCUGGGAGCUGGCUCAGUGGAAUAAGUGCUUCCCUCGCAAGCGCAAGGGCCUGAGUUCAAUCCCCAGUUCUGUCCCCCCCCCCCCAAAACAAAACAAAACAAACCAAAAACCUGAAGUCUGGAAGUAUUAUUAAAACCUCCUUCCAGACUUGAUAUACCUGAUCUGCCUCAUGCUGAGGGUACUCUGGACCUUCCCCUCUUGGUCCCUACUAAAGACCUCUUUAGUAGGUCUGUCUGAUCUGUGGUCUUUCCCAGUCACUAGGAUUUAACAGCAAUUAAUGUGAACUAAGUUUUUACUUCUGCAGAACUCAAGCCACUACCGUCUGACCUUUCUCCUGGUAAUACACUAUGGGGGAUAGAACAGGAGCUCAGGAAUGACUGGCCUUUUCAUGGUCUGGUCCCAGGGGUAUGAACAUUUCCUUUUGAGCAAAGAGAUGAUUCAAGAUUAUAUAUGGUCUUCUUAGAAUAUCAGGUCCAUGGGCUGGGGACAUUGAGUGUAGUAAGCCUCCCUUCCCAUCCCUGCCACAGAAAAUGCUCCCUUAUUUAUCAGUGUCUUUUUUUUCCUGUCCCCUUUGCAAAAGCUCACGGUACAG